AUGUUUGAAGGGAUCACAAAAUCGCCGCUACUUGUGAUCAACACUUGGAAUCGCUUUACAAGUGAUGGAAGUGUUGGUGAAGUAGUGGUGAUCUUCGGCACAGGCAAAACGGAGACCAAGUCUGUCGUCAAGACAAAGACUAAGAGGAAGGACAAGGCGAACAACCCUAUGCGAGAGGUGCGGAUCCGCAAACUGUGUCUCAAUAUCUGUGUGGGAGAGUCGGGGGACAGACUGACGCGAGCGUCCAAAGUGUUGGAACAGUUGACGGGACAACAACCGGUCUUCUCGAAGGCCAGAUAUACCGUCCGAUCGUUUGGUAUCCGAAGGAAUGAGAAAAUCGCGGUU